AUGCUUUGUCCACGCCAUUUCAUGUCGGCUGGUCGCAACAAGUCGCGAUCACGGCCUAACGCCAUGUUUAUCAUAUUGCCUUUGUAUAGCAUACGUUCUUCUUUUCCUUUUCUUUCCUUUUUCUAUUAUUCUCUUCUAGUUCGAUUCUUUCAUCUUUUUGUUCUUGUAUUUUUGUUAAUACGUACAAAAUGCUUUUUUCUUUCUUUUUUUUUUCUUUCUUUCGUUUUUCUUUUUGUUAAUACAGCCAAAAUUCUUUUGUAUUUUUCUUCCUUUUUUCUUCUGUCUUUUACCUUUCUUUUUCCUUUUGUUAAUAUGGACAAAAUUCUUUUAUCUUUCUUUUUUCGUUUUGUAAAUACAUACGAAAUUAUUUUUUCAUUCUUUCAUUAUUCUUUCUUUCUUUUUCUUUUUAAUGUUUUCUUUCUUUCUUUCAUACUUUCUGUCUUUCUUUUUUAUAUAUUAAUACAUAUAAAAUUCUUUUUUCUUUCUUUCUUUCUUUCUUUAAAACUCCUUUUUCUUUCUUUCAUUUUUUUCUAUUUUCUUUCUGAUAUAACAUACAAAAUUCUUUUUCUUUCAUUCUAUCUUUUUUCUUUAUUUCUUUUUGUUACGACGAACAAAAAUCUUUUUCUUUCUUUAUUUUUUCAAUCAUUCUUUUUCUUUUUGUUAAUACAUACAAAAUACAUUUUUCAUUCUUUCUUUAAAAAUCUUUUUUCUUUCUCUUUUUUCUAUUUUUUUUCUGAUAUUACAUAUAAAAUUCUUUUUAUUAAUACAUACAAGAUUCUUUCUUUCUUUUUUCUUUAUAUCAUUUUUCUUUCUUUCGUUUUUUUUGUUAAUACAUACAAAAUCCUUUUGUCUUACUUUCGUUUUUCUUUCUUUCGUUUUUUCUUUUUUUUAAUACAUACAAAAUUCUUUCUCUUUUUUCUUUCUUCAUUUUUUCUUUCUUUUUUUUUGUUUUCUUUUUCUUUUUCUUUUAUUUUCUUAUUUUCUUUUUCUUUUAUCUUCUUUUUUCUUUUCUUUUUUCUUUUAUUUUCUCAUUUUCUUUUAUUUUCUUAUUUUCUUUUCCUUUUAUUUUCUCCCCUUCAAUUUUCUUCUUUUUAUUCCUCCAUUUGUCCGUUAUUUCCUUUCACAUGCCCCCCCUCUUUCUUCCUUCUCUUUGACUUUCUUUUUUCAUUCUUCUUUCACACUUUUCUUCUUUUCCUUUUGUCUUUUUCAUUUAUUACUUACUACUUGUUCUGUCAUUGUAUCUUCUUUUUGACUAUAUUUUUUGUUAAUAUAUCUUUUUUUUCUUUCUUAACACUACUUCCUUUUUUGUUUUCAUUCAAAUUUCUUUUUCAGGUUCUUUGGCUUCGUCAUCUUUCCCUUUUUUCACUUUCUUCUGUUCCUUCAUUUUUUUCUCCUUCAUUUUGUCAACUCACUUACUCUUCUCUUUUUCUUUCUUUCUUAAUUUUGGUUCCUUCUUUUACGAUAUUGGCUUUGGUUUCAUUUGAUUUUCUCUUUCUUUCUUUCUUUCUUUCUUUCUUUGUUUGUUUGUUCCUACAGCAGUUGUUUCCUGAUUAUAUAAGAUUCACUUCACUGAUGUUCUUUCUUUCUUUCUUUCUUUCUUUCUUUCUUUCUUUCUUUCUUAAUAGCGGUUCCUUCUUUUGUUUGAUCAUCUUUUGUUAUUUUUUUCCUUCUCAUAUUUUGCUCUCCUUCGCUUUCUUCUUCAUUUUCCCAUUUUUACUUACUUUUUCUUUUUAUCUUUUCCUCCUCCCAUUUUCCUUCUUUUCAUAUAUGCCAUUCCGCUUUGUUAUGCUGAUUUUAUUCUUCUGUCAUUUCGUUUACUCCCUUCUUUUCUUCUGUGGCACAGUACAAUGUUUUAUUGAGAAGAUUACGCCAAUCAAUUGA